GAUGUGGGUGGAGCUUAAUAGGAAGUGAAGUGAGUGUCUGGGGGAGAGUCACCAAAACAAGACAGAAUCGGGGAAUGCGGCGGAAGACUGCACAAGUUGUAACAAUUUAAAACGAAUACACAGAGCAGGAUUCUGACCCCUGCUGGACAGCUGAAGUAUUGGCGUCAUGGUGAAGAAUGUUUCGGAAAAGCAAAAAACGACACAGCAGCAGCAGCUCCCAAAGCAGUGAAGUCAGCACAAAGAGCAAGUCUGUAGAUUCCAGCCUGGGUGGUCUCUCCAGAUCCAGUACAGUAGCCAGCCUUGACACCGACUCCACCAAGAGCUCAGGCAACAGCACUUCAGAUGCCUGUGUCGAGUUCCGUGUGAAGUAUGUUGGGGCGAUAGAGAAACUGCACUUUGAAAUGUGCAGGACUCUUCAGGAGCCUCUGGACUUGGUGAACUAUAUUGAUGUGGCCCAGCAAGAUGGAAAGCUGCCCUUUGUGCCAAUAGAGGAGGAAAUGAUCCUGGCAGUCUCAAAGUACGGGGUCAAAGUCGCCACAGUGGAUCAGUGCGGUGCGCUGCACCGGCACCCAUUAUAUCUGAUAGUCCACAUGCUGUGUUACGAUGAUGGCUUGGGAGCUGGCAAGAACAUCCUGGCUCUGAAAACAACAGAUUCCAACCAGGAAGAAUGCAACAUCUGGGUAUACCAGUGUAACGGCUCAGAACAGGCACAUGCCAUUUGCAAGGUGCUGUCAACAGCCUUCGACUCCGUUUUAACAUCAGUGAAAUCUUGACCCCCUUGUGAAUGAUAUUGUCUGGAUUAAUAAACUUAAUCUGUUAUAGCGGAAUAACAGGGGAGAUGCUAACAGCAGUGAGUUGGAAAAUGUCCAGUGCUGUGACUGUGAAACUAGAUAGAUACCAUUGUUGAUCCAUCAGAAUUGUGUAACUAAUCCUAACUUAUUUAAUGUGAAAUCCAGAACCUCAAGCCAUGUUUGCCAUUGAGAAAUUUAGAAAUGAGUAAUGCAAUAUUGCGUUUUCCUUUUGUAUUGCAUUUCGUUUCAUGGAGAUGACUCGAUGUCCAAUAUUACUAACUGUAGCCUUUUACUAAUUACAGGAGGCUUCUGUCAUUCUUAAUGAAAAGUGGCAAAACUUGGUUUGCCAGUACUAUAAUAAGCCAAGUGGUAAUUACAUUAAGGACAAACCAAGUGUGAUUUAAUUUCAAAGAGCUGAUAAAAGUCUGUAUGUUAUUUAUAUUAUUUCAUUAAUUUUUAUACCCCAUACAUUUUUAUUUUUUAUUUUGUAUUUAAAAUGUGUCUUGCCCAUGUUCGUGUCAGAUCCAAGGUACAAUAAAGUAUACUAAGCUGCA